AGAGGUCUAUGACGAUUUAUAUUUAUUUCUUACAAAACACCCAAAUGUUGUUUAGUCUUUAGUGAAUUGACAAUCCUCAUUUCACAACAAAACGCAAAAGAAACACACAAGAGGUGGAUGUGUAUGUAAUCUCUAUUGAGCAAAUAGGCUAAGGGGAAAUGCGUCCUGUUCUUUGACACUGAGAAGUGAAGGGGCCAGCAGUCUCCUCAGUGUUGGGUUUGUUUACCGCUGGAAGAGAUGGCAGGCAGUUUCAAACUGGACUUUGAUGAUGAGCUGUACGAGGAGCUAAACUUGUCCGAGCACAGCAACUUUAGCAUCGAGUUUCUGAACGAGGACACCUUUAGCUGCCGCCCAAGACCCCUCCCUACAAUCACCGACAUUUUCAUCUGUGUGUUCUACCUGCUGGUGUUCGCCAUCGCUGUGCCCGGUAACCUGGUGGUGUGCUUGGUGGUGGGCUCCAGCAAGCAGCGCCUCUCCCCGUCUGACCUGUACCUGUUCCACCUGGCCGUGGCUGACCUCCUGCUGGCCCUGAGCCUCCCGUUCUGGGCCGCCUCGAUGCCCAGCGGAUGGCUCUUCGGGACUGUCGCCUGCAAGCUGACCAGCAUGCUUAUGGAGGUCAAUUUCUACACCAGCAUCCUGUUUCUGGUGUGCAUCAGCGUUGACCGCUACUUAGCCGUGGUGCGGGCGGGUGAGGCGAAGGGCGGCGGCUGGCGGGGGCCCAACAGCCGGCCGUGGAACUUCGGCACAUGUGCUGGUGUCUGGUUUCUCGGCGUCCUGCUCUCGCUGCCCACGGCCCUCCACAAUGAGGUCUUCAGGCCGACGAGCGACGGCUCGGGGAAAGAGAUCUGCAGCGAGCACUUCGAGAUGGACAGCGCGCCCGAAUGGCGCCUGGCCACGCGCGUACUCCGCCACCUGCUGGGCUUCCUGCUGCCGCUUCUGACCAUGCUGGCGUGCUACGGCGCCACCGCCCUGCGGCUCUGGCGCACGCGCUGCCUGCAGCGGCUCCGUGCCAUGCGCGUCAUCGCCGCCGUCGUGGCCGCCUUCUUGCUCUGCUGGUGCCCGCAGCACCUGGGGGUCGUCGUGGACACGCUGAUGCGGGCGAAGCUGCUGGAUUUUGACUGCGUCCAGCGGCAGGCCGCCGACCAGGCCGUCGUCUUCACCCAGAUGCUCGCCUUCCUACACUGCUGCGUUAACCCGGUGCUCUACGCCUUCAUCGGGGUCAAGUUCCGCAGGAACCUCCAGCGCCUGAUCCAGAAGCGAAGUAGGAAGAGGGCAGCGAUGGACAGGCCUGGGAUGACCCGUCUCUUCAGCAGGUCUAGCUCCAACAUGUCCCAAGAUGGCAGCCUCACACUCAUGUGAUGUGCAGGGGAAAACAUCAGGGGCAACACUCUUCAGCAUAUAGCACUUAUUGCAAUUAUUUGAAUCAUAUUGCAUAGAAUUUGGUCAUGCCGAUCUUUUGAAUGAUCCAUCUUAGAAUGGAAAGAAACAACGUUUUAGUCUGUGACCCUGUGCUUAAGGUGGAGUUUUACCGCCAUCUAGUGGUUGAACUUAUUUUGUGGCUUAUUUUGGUGUACUAACCCAUAAACACCUUUCUUGACUCUAGCAUAUUCUACAAGCUUGCUGAUGGCAAAAAAUAAACAAACAGUGGAACGAG